AUGGGCAUGAAAUUCCUAAAAGCCGGUGCCACUGCUACCGAGGCAGUUGAAGCUGCCCUGGUGAUCCUCGAGAACAAAGAGAUCACCAACGCCGGCUACGGCUCCAAUUUAUCAAUCGACGGCACCGUCGAGUGUGAUGCGACAAUUGUUGAUCAUUUGGGCCGUAGCGGUGCCUGUGGCGCCGUUCCAAACGUUCGGAAUCCCAUAUCACUGGCCAAGCUCAUCUUGGACACAAGUAACGAACCCCUGAGCCUCCGCCGUGUCCCCCCAAAUGCCCUCGUCGGCGAAGGAGCGAGAAGUUUUGCUGAAGAACACGGAAUGGCAACGUAUGGCAACGAGUAUCUCGUUUCCAGAAAUUCCAGGGAUCGUUUCCUGAAAUGGCAAGAAGACUUGAAGAGAGCCGAGGUUGGCCCCAAAGACAACAAGGUCAGCUCUGCAUCUAACAAGGUGAAUACGGGCAGUGCUCCGCACCUAUAUGACGCAGUGGCAGUGACGGAUCCUCGUAAAAUAUUUCCUAGGGAUCACACCGCGGCAAUUUUGGCGGGGACAUGGAAUGAAGGUCAGCUUGAUUCGCCCUAUGUCGGCACACCCAACCUAGAGUUGAAUGCUAUUGUUGAGCCUCCAGUAUAUCCGGCAACAUAUGCGCGUGCUCUAGCUUCUACUCCAACGAAUAUCGCUCGAUCUCCCUCGCGACAAACACCAGGAAUUUCGAUUCAUACGAUGCCCAUAACCCCACCGAGCAACGUGAGCCGGAAUUCUUCAUCCAGUCGCCUGAAACGCCACUCCAAAAACAUCAAUCAAGCCACUCGUGGAAACGGCCGUCCGCUUGACACAUCAAAAGAAAACGAGGAUUCCGGCUCACAAACCGCAAAGCGCCAGUUCCAACUUGAUAGUGCCAAUGAGGAUUGGGUCACAGACACUAUUGGUGCUAUUGCAAUUGAUGAUAACGGCCAUAUCGCAGCAGGAUCUUCGUCUGGUGGCAUCGGAAUGAAACAUCGAGGCCGCCUGGGGCCGGCUGCUCUAGUUGGCAUUGGAACAGCCGUUGUACCUUGUGCCGAGGAUGACAGCGACAGGAUCACUGUUGCAGCCGUGACAAGCGGCACCGGAGAACACAUGGCUACCACGAUGGCGUCACAGAGAUGUGCUGAGCGUCUCUAUCAUGGGACACGCCGUGGCCCUGCUGGGAUUGAUGUUCAGGACGACGACGAGGACGCCAUCAUGGAAUCAUUCAUAGCUAAAGACUUUAUGGACCACCCCGGGGUGAAAAACUGCCAUUCCGCAGGCGCCAUCGGUAUCAUGGCCGUGAAAAAGACUAGUAGAGGCUACUAUCUAUACUUUGCUCACAACACGGACUCCUUUGCACUCGCAUCGAUGGGUGGCUUGGAAAAGGAGCCGCGAUGCGUCAUGUCACGACUCCCCGAUGGUGCUAAGAUUGCCAAGGGUGGCCGCAAAGUCCAGCUGGAUUAA